AUGCCUCAUAAAUGUGCUGUAGCCACAUGUCGUGGUAAUUAUAAAAACGGACCAAAAGUGGCUGUAUUCAAGUUUCCAAAUGAGACUGAACUCCGGAUGAAAUGGAUAAGGAGUCUACGAAGAAAAGAUGGCUUUCAACCUACUAAACAUACCAGAGUAUGUGAAUUACAUUUUCGAUCAGAUGAAAUAAUACGAGAAAUCGAAAUGUAUGAUGAGAAAUCAGCGAAGUUAAUUAAAGCCCCAAUUUCUAGGCCACGUUUGAAAAAAGGAUGCAUACCUUCUCAGUUCCCUGAUGGCCCAUCCUACAUGUCAUCAAAUUCUGUAUCGAGAAUGUCACCAGAAAAGAAGAAAGCUCGUUUAGAAGAGAAAUACCUGGAGAAAGCGAUAGAAGAAAGAGGAAAUUUGUGUGGCAUGGCCUACAACUGUGAAAAAGCUGCUACAAGUGCUUAUGUUUUUAUGAUACGUAGCUUAUUAUCACCUUUCAAGGAUGUGGCACAUAUAUUACCAGUUAAAUCAUUAAAUGCUGAGGAUCUGUAUCAAUAUCUUAAGAAAAUUAUAAUUGGUUUAGAAAAUAUAGGUUAUAGAAUUGUGGCAGUUGUCUCUGACAAUAAUUCAAUAAAUAAAAAAAGACAUGUCAUUAUUUUGUAUGCCUCCAAAAAUUAG